UAUUCAUUUUGACCUUUCAGAGCCUUGUCAUUUCGCGCGCUUUUCGAUCACGGGUACGUUUGUGCGGGAUUUUUAUUCGACACUGCGAGAAUCAGUUCAGCAUGGCGGAACCAAGCUCACCAGGACCUUUCUCUGACGCGACGAGCCACGAUCGCUCGAUCGGAGCGCCCUCUAGCAGCCCUGGACGCAGCGACCUUCCUCCGUUUGAGGAUGAAUCGGAGAUUCGUGGUGAGGAGGAAAUUGUUCAGGAGGAGGAUGAGGAAGGGGAGGAGUUGUUUGGUGAUGGAAUGGAAAGAGAUUACCGCGUGAUCCCUGAGCUUGAUCGCUAUGAUGCGGAUCAUCUUGACGAGGAGGACUAUGACUCCAUGGCGCCCGACGAGCGAGCGGAGGCCGAACGAUUGAUGCGGAAGAGAGACCGAGAGGAAGCCAUAGCAACGGGUCGCAUGAGACCUGGACUUCUCUAUGAGGAGAGUGAUGAAGAAGAUGAAAGACCGACAAGACGUCGACGUCUUGCCGAGAGGGCAGCUGAAGGAAUGGAGGAUGAUGAAGAGAUGAUUGAGAGUAUUGAGAAUCUUGAAGACAUGAAGGGUCACUCCGUCAGGGAGUGGGUCUCCAUGGCAGGACCCAGGCUGGAGAUCUACAAUCGAUUCAAGAACUUCCUCCGGACGUUUGUUGACGAUAAGGGACACAACUUGUAUCGGGAAAAGAUCCGUCAGAUGUGUGAAGCCAACAAGGAGAGCCUUGUGAUUGACUACAACAUCUUAGCAUCCCAGGAGCAAGUCCUGGCCUACUUCCUCCCUGAAGCACCCGCCGAGAUGCUCAAGAUCUUCGACGAAGCGGCAAAGGAAGUCGUGCUGUAUAUGUUCCCCAAGUACGAGCAGAUAGCCAAGGAGAUUCACGUCCGCAUCGCCGAGCUGCCGUUGGUUGAAGAACUCCGUUCACUAAGACAACUGCAUCUAAACCAGCUUAUCCGGACAAGCGGUGUCGUCACGUCCACUACAGGGAUCCUACCACAACUGAGCAUGGUCAAGUACAACUGCCCAAAGUGUGGUUUCGUCCUAGGUCCCUUCUAUCAGAAUCAGAACCAGGAGGUCAGGCCCGGGUCAUGCCCGGAGUGUCAGUCUGGGGGACCGUUUGAAAUCAACAUGGAAGAGACGUUAUACAAGAACUAUCAGAGAAUCACGAUUCAAGAGAGCCCGGGCAAAGUUGCCGCUGGUCGUUUGCCGCGAUCCAAAGACGCCAUCUUGCUAGCAGAUCUUGUCGACAGUGCAAAGCCAGGCGAUGAAAUUGAGUUAACGGGCGUGUAUCACAACAAUUACGACGGUUCUCUAAACACGGCCAAUGGUUUUCCAGUCUUUGCCACUGUCAUUCAAGCCAACUACAUCACCAAGAAAGAUGACAAGAUGGCCGUGGGAAGCCUGACGGACGAAGACAUCAAGGCCAUCGUGGCGCUGUCGAAAGACGAACGCAUUGGAGAAAGGAUAUUUUGCAGUAUUGCUCCUUCCAUAUAUGGUCACGAUGAUAUCAAGAAAGGUCUCGCUCUGGCGCUGUUCGGCGGAGAACCCAAAAAUCCAGGUCAAAAGCACAAGGUCCGCGGCGACAUUAACAUCCUAUUGUGUGGGGACCCCGGCACAGCCAAGUCACAGUUCCUGAAGUAUGUCGAGAAAACAGCAAGCCGUGCGGUGUUCACGACCGGUCAAGGGGCUUCGGCCGUUGGUCUGACGGCCUACGUCCAGAGAAACCCAGUCUCUAGAGAGUGGACGUUGGAAGCCGGGGCAUUGGUUCUGGCCGAUAAAGGAGUCUGCAUUAUUGACGAGUUUGAUAAGAUGAACGACAACGAUCGUACCAGUAUCCACGAGGCCAUGGAACAGCAGAGUAUCUCAAUAUCCAAGGCUGGAAUCGUCACGUCACUCCACGCUCGAUGCUGCAUCAUGGCGGCCGCUAAUCCUAUCGGAGGACGCUACAAUCAAUCCAUGACCUUCUCAGAAAAUGUUGACCUGACAGAACCCAUUCUCUCCCGUUUUGAUAUCUUGUGUGUUGUGAGGGAUAUCGUGGAUCCAGUGAAGGAUGAAAUGUUGGCAAGGUUUGUGACGGACAGCCACAUUCGACAUCACCCAUCCAACAGUGGUGAAUUGGAAGAAAACCUCCCGGAGCUUCCAACCACCUCCGGGUUAGAGAAGAUUCCUCAAGAACUUUUCAAGAAGUACAUCAUCUACGCCAAGGAGAAGGUCCACCCGAAACUUCAUCGUAUGGACCAGGACAAAGUGGCCAAGAUGUACUCGGAGCUUAGGAGGGAAUCUAUGGCAACUGGCAGUAUUCCUAUCACCGUACGACACAUUGAGUCCGUCAUUCGUAUGGCGGAGUCCCACGCUCGUAUGCACCUUCGAGAGUAUGUCAACGAAGAUGACGUCAACAUGUCCAUUCGCAUCAUGCUGGAAAGCUUCAUUGAUACACAGAAAUACAGCGUCAUGCGCAGCAUGCGAAAGAACUUCGCCAGAUACUUGAGCUUCCGUCGUGACAACAACGAACUGCUGCUGUUCAUCCUGAAGCAACUUGUGACCGAGCAGAUGACAUUCUACCGAACCCGCUAUGGCUCAGAUCAGGACGUCAUUGAAAUAUCCGACAAAGAUCUGGCUGAUAAGGCUCGUCAGAUCAACAUCCACAAUUUGGCCCAGUUUUUUGAGAGCGAGAUCUUCAAGGCUCACAAGUUCACCCACGACAGUAGGAGGAAACUCAUCAUUCAGACGUUGUAGGCAUGAAGAGGAAUGGUUGGCAGAAAACAGGACAUAAGGAAAUCAAAAAGUCUCUUUCACAAGUCCAGUCACAACUAACAGGGGAUGAUCGAUAAUAUAAGACAUGCUUUUGUCACAGUUUAUUUGAAAGGCUUGUGACGUGACCUGAGAGUGGAGGACUUGUGAUGGACUUGAAUUGUUGGGAGCACUGACUGACAACAGGUUAUGAAGCAAGACAAGUAAACAUUUGAGAGAUGCCAUAAAUGUAGCCUUCAGGGUUUUUUGUACUAAGGAUUUUGGAAAGAAUGUUGCAUCCUUACGCCACUUUUUUCAUCAUAUAUAUUAUCUCAGCGAAGGUCCGUCACUGCAAAAAAGUUGAAAAGACAUGAAUCUGGGAAACAUUUUCAAUUCUGUUAGAAAAAAACUUUGAAAAUGCACUUGACUCUUCAUAGACUUUGUACACAACCAUAGAAGUGGCGUUUGGAUACUACAGUUAUUCCGUAUUUUUCAUAAGCAUUGAAAAAAAAGCAAACACAAACAGGUCACAAGGAAAUGAAAAGAACGUCUUUGUCGUAGUUCAUUGGAGAGCCUGUUCCUUGACUUGUGAUUGACUUUUGACUGAUUGUGGUAGCUUAAAUUCUAGUCUGAUAUCCAAACUAUUUUGCCCAUAAUUUUUUUUACAAAUUCAUUUAAUUGAGCACAUCAAAAUUCCAUCAUUAUCAUAUCUUGUGGGAACAUGUGUCAGAGAAUGGUUCAGAGGCAGACUCAAUAUUUUAGCCUUUAAAGUCCGUUUUGUUGGGAUAAAAACCAACAAAGUUGGUUGUUCUUCACUCUGGAAUUUUAGCUUCUUUUGCUUGUGCUUGCUUCAUUCAAUUGGCUCUACAUGUAUAUGUAAAUGAGAACUUGUAGGGAAGGGGGAAGGGAGGGGGAGGAGUUUUGGAGGGGAGGGGGAAUGGGAAAACUGAGUUUCAGUUUAUAAGAAUGUAAAUAUUGUGGCAGGGGUGAGUAAAGAUUGUUUUGGCCGUGCGCACCAGGACAAUGUAAUUUUAUGGACGCCAUUUGAAUGGUUUUCAAAGUUAGAUAUUGAAACAACUUACAAUCAAAAAGAAUUGUAAAAUUCCAAAGGUAAUUUGUAGUCGGUGUUUGAGAUAGAGUUUAUAGCCAUAAUAAACUUGUUUAAUCAAGACAAAACAAGAAAACUAGUGUCAUAUUUCUCAUAUUUUAAUAAAGGACUCCACAUAUUCCAUAUACAAUUUUAACGAAGUUAAGAAGCUUUUUAUCUGAAAUUCAUGGAUGUUAUUGUGCCACUAUAGCAAGAUGAUCAAAAUGUUCCUGUGUGUGCAUUUGGCAACUUAUAAAGAUGUGCAAAACAAGAGUUAUAGAUA